AUGCUUGAGUCGGGAAUUCGAUGCUAUGGUCACUGGACCCGUGAACAAGGAAAUCAUCGCACGCUCAGGAUCCCGUUCAUGGGACAUACCGAAUACCUUGCCGAACUGACCGGCUCAAAAUGUCCGGUAAUGCUUUUGACUGACGGAGAGCUUCGAGUCGCAUUGGUCACGACUCAUAUCCCUUUAAACCAAGUAGCCGAAGCCGUUACCUGCGAAAGAGUCACUGCAGUCGCCACAGUAUUGCACAAUGAUCUUCGCAGCCGAUUGGAUAUCGCGUCUCCACGCAUCGGAGUUUGUGGGCUAAAUCCGCAUGCCGGUGAAGGAGGAGUGCUUGGAGAUGAAGAAAUUGAGAAAAUAAUUCCGGCCAUCGAAAUGCUUCAAAAGCAAGGAAUUAAAUGCAGUCGGACCUCUACCUGCAGAUACGAUAUUCGUUCAGAAUCAACUAGAAAAAUUCGAUGCCAUUCUAUCGAUGUACCACGAUCAGGGAUUGCCGGUGGUCAAAUAUGCAGGAUUCGGAGAAGUGGUGAAUGUCACACUCGGACUGCCCAUUAUUCGUACCUCAGUCGACCACGGAACUGCUUACGGAAUUGCCGGUACUGGCAGUGCCGAAAUCAACAGCCUGUUAAGCGCUGUUGA